AUUCAUGUCAAAGUCUGCGGCUCAACCGGGCCCUUCUUGUACUUGUUCCAAAACCUAAGCCAACGCAUUCCAGUUCCUCCGAAAAAUGGAGUCUUUUUCCGAUGAAUCAUUUGCUCUCUCCUAUUGGGAUUACUUUACUUUUGUUCUUAUUCGUCCUGUGCUUGCUGUUCUCUUUACUCUCUCUCUACUCUUCUUCGGUUGGUUCCUGGCAUGGAAACUGGUAUUGGUUCAUGUACCUCUGGUGCAGGAGAUCUUUGGUCUGAGGAAGAAACCUGUCAAGCCAAAGCCAGUUGGUAGAAGAAGAUUUACUGAAUUUUACAACAGACUUAAUGCCCAAAAUCCCUCUUUGGAAUGAAAAUUUCCUUGUGCCAGAAUGUCGCUACAAGAGAUUGAAGUACUGUCAAAGAUAGCACUGGUCUGAGCUCAUCUGCAAUCUGGUACCUACUGUUUAAGAGGAAGCUUCAAAUGAUAGCUGCUGCAAGUAGAGGGCUGGAAGAGACUGCAACACUUGUUCUUGCAUUAACUUGUCGGUAGAAGCCUGUAAAUGGGUCGUAUUUGUAAUUACUAUGGAGGGUAACAUGUAUCAGUUUACACAAUUAAUGUAUAAUGACUUUGAUCAGUUCUCUGACCA